AUGGAGACACUACUGGCACAGUUAAUUCUUGAAGAAGAUGAAGUUCCAAGCACUUUAGUAUUCGCGCUAGGUAGCGUUGCGCGAGAAUAUUUUGAAAAAGAGCUUAUAAGCUCACUAGGGACCAUGUCUAGCGUUAGGGCUAUGUUGAAUUCACGGGAUCAUAUAAAUGUUCUGUUUUUGAAUAAAUUGCAGUAUUUGUACAUGUAUUUGACGAAGUUCGAGGUUGAAGAAGGAGAGGGAAGAGUCACUUUCAAGAAUUUAGUCAUCUAUGGGCUGGACGAUUCGCUAGGUCUUAAAGAUGAGCACUUAUCAGUGGAGCAAACCAGACUUGCGAACCUCAUAUAUAAUGUCGCCUUCAAGGUUAAAGCUAGAUAUCAGGUGGAGGUCCAAUUUAUACCGUGUCGAGCUGGACCAUGCGACGAUCUUAACAGGCUUGAGCAGUACUGGCGGGAGAUUUGCUGA